AUGGCACGGCUCCCGCUGCCCCUCGGCGUCGCGGGCAGCGGCGCCGCGAGCGCCCCGGGGCUGCUUCGGACGGGGUCGAAGCUCGAGGCCGUCCACGACGUGCUGGGUUCGGAGGUGUUCUUCGGGGCGCUUCGGGGGCACCUCGCCGUCACGGCGAGGCGUGAGGAGCUCCGGGCGGCAGAGCUGCGCGAGGGGCAGCUGCAGCGCGAGGCGGAGGCGCGGCAGGCGCUGGAGAGCCAGAGGCUGGCCCACGAGGAGGAGCUCGGGGCCCUGCGGCAAGCUCACGCGGCAGCCCUCGCGCUCAAGGCGGAGGAGCUGCGGCACAGGGACGCGGCGCACGCGGACGCGUUGGCGCUGCGGGAGCGCAGGUGGGGCACCCCCCCGUCGGGCCCCGCGCGGGCGCCGGAGUGCGCGCUGGACGACCAGUGCGCGAAGUCCCGCGUGUACGCGGGGUACCACGACGACGACUUCCUCCAAGAGUGCAACGAGUACCGCGGGCACGCGAAGUACCACCAGCACAUCGAGGAGGCUCAGGAUAUCCCGACAUGGAUCUCAUCGUUUGAGCUGGCAUUCGAAGAUGCAUGCGAGGAAGGCGGCUUGGUGAUGAAUGACACAGGCCGCAGUCACUUCUUGCUGAAGAACAGUGGAUUAUCGGAUAAGAGGCUCGACGAUUUGAAGUUACACGUGGCAGGUGAUUUAUCCCAAUAUCGAGUAUUGCAGGGCCUGAUGAUGAGGCUCGGCAAACAGGACCAGGUUGGUCAACACAACGAGUGGGCCUGGUAUGGUGAACAGGGAGACGGAGCCGAUCCAGACGACAUGGUGGAGACCUGGUAUGAGGCCUACAACGACGAGCAAUACGAAUGGGGCUAUGACCAGGAUUUCGGCUGGACGGCUACAGCAGAUGGUGAAUGGUACUUCCAGGAAUACGAUGACAUCUGGGCCAAGUACGAUGACAGCGGCGAGAUGACGGAGUACUACGAGGCAGAGCAAGACGACAACGACACCUACUACGGUGGCAAAGGAUGCGGCAAAGGCAAGCGUGGCAAGAGCAAAGGCAAAGGUCGAGGACGAGGCGGAUUUAGACGGCGCUUUCCCAUGAAAGGCAAAGGACGUGGCAAAGGCAAAGGUCACAGCGGCAACGGCAACGAUCGCAUGAGCGGUGCAGGCAUCCGCAGGAUCGAGUUCGGCGGCGCCACAGAUGACAACGAGGCCGCCUGGCUCUUGGAUCAACGUUGCUACUCCGACUACCUCGACGGCAAGCACAAUACCUGUGGAGCGAUAUCACAUGGCUACCGGUUCCGAGCUCCAGCUUUGACGCUGGCCCAGAAGUUAUCCAAGCAGUACGCUUUGGUGGUCAUGAAGAACCAGGUGAGCAUCACAGGUGGCACUGACAGGAAUGACCAGAGGCCGACAUGCGAUGAUCAGCGACACAGCUCAUUCCUGGAAGGCAAGAACGGCAACGAUGACCCCUACGCGAUACUGCAUACAGUGAAAGGCAAGCCUCGACAUGGAUUGAUCGUUGACCCAGGAGCAGCUGAAGGCCUACUUGGCACGGAGACGUUGUUGGAGUGGAACGCGGACUUGUAUCAGCCUGAAGGCAUCUCCUACAACAUCCGGUCUUCUCAGGCGACCUUCACGGGCAUCAACGGUCAAGCAGACCCCUCAUGUGGCGAGUUUCUCGGACCGAUCUGGGUCGAAGGCAUGGCGAAGGGCACCACCUACCAGGCGGACAUGAUAGGAAGUCAGCUUAUCAUGGAGAACCCAUCUCGAUCAGCUAUCUGGAAGCAGUCUGAUCUUCGUCUGAUCCCAGACAUCCUGAUGCGCGAGAUGCAUGACAACAUUACUGUCACGAUCAUCAAGCCUUCAUUCGACCUUGGCAAGCUAGCUCAGAAGUUGACACAGGCUGCCUCGGACGAAGAACGCAUCAAGCUGCUCAUGGGCCUUCACUACAAGUUCUUUCACCCUCCAGACUGUGAGAUCGAGAGGAUGAUUCGAGCUCUUGGACUACCUGCACCAAUUCGAGAGCUAUGCAAAGGUCUGGCCGAGCACUGCGAAACCUGCUUGCAGCGACAGCGAGCUAUGAACAAGCCGAGUAUCAAGAUGACCAUCGCAGUUCGUUUCAAUGAGCGCGUCCAAGCAGAUCUGUUCUUCGUAUUCGAGAAGACUUGGCUGAUGAUGAUCGACGAAUGCAUCAGGUACCGCAUCGCAUGCCAUUUAGCUACCAAGCAGGGCAAGGACGUUCUACGUGCAAUGCUUGGUCACUGGAUUCGGUAUUUCGGGCCGAUGGACAACCUGGUGAUGGAUCAAGAAGGCGGUAUGACAAAUGACAACGUGGCGCUGGUGGCAGACAGAUACAAUCUACGGCUGAUAUUUGGUGGAGCUGACGGACACACCACCACAGGCCUGGCAGAGCGAGCGAUUCAGACCUUGAAGCUGACUGCUCUCAAGACGAAGCGCGACGUGAUCAAGCAAGGCCUGACCGACAUCAGCGACGAGGACAUAGUGGAGGAAUCAGCGAUGGUGGCAAAUCUCUUCAUGAAUUACGGCGGCUCGGUUCCAGCUCAAGGGCUGUUCGGAUACAUGCCUAAGGACGCCUACGAUCCGGAAGCAGGAACCCUGACGGCUACUCAGAGUGCGAUGGAUCUCACGCCGGACCCGACCGAGCAGCAUUUGCGCCUCAGGCUCUUGGCAAAGUCUAACAUCCUGCAGGCCAUCAUCGAGGAAAGGAUCGCCAAGGCCAACAAUACACGUCAGCAAGCUCAGGACGCCAAGUGGAUCGAGACGCUCAAACCUCAUGAUCAAAUAGAUAUUUGGCGUACACCAGCCAGGAAAGAUCAAGAUGGCUGGCGAGGUCCAGCGGAGUUCAUCAGCCUUGACAAGGACAAGGCGGCGGCCAUCGUGAUUCAUCAGAAUCAGCCAUACAAGAUACCGACAAGGAACAUGCGAGCACGACGAAUGAGCUUCUACGUCCUGGGCACAUCCUGGGACAAAUAUCAAGUGUACCUCGGCAGCGGCAGCACGAUGAAGCUCACGGAGUUAUUCGAGAUCAUUGAAGGCACACCACCAGGUAUCGUGUAUCGCAUGGGUAUCUUCAACGAGCAACCGACACCACCGGAACUACUGCAGACACCUCCUCCGACAUGGUUGCUGGCACAGAGUGUGGGUAUGACCAUCUUUCGGAUGACGAGCGUGGACGGCAUCAUCUACGGUCAAGGACAACGACAGCUAAAGGGUCUGAGUGAAUUCACACAUGGAGUGAUCGUGGCCUGGCGAGAUCGACACCGAGAAGACUACUACAGCAGCGACAUCGAUCCGAGUCAACCGAUCAACAUGGUGAAGUUCGUAGGCGCCGACUGGGACAAGUACCAUUUUCUAUUAUUGGUAUCAAAGCAUCGGUAUGGUGACGACAACCCGGGCACCUACCAGCAUCCUGAUCUAAGCGACAUACCGUUUCUUGACGACGAUCCGUAUGAUCCACCCAGCAUCUUGCAGCACACAAUGCCCAUCGAGGAGAACACGAUGAAUGUCAAUGACUCUGGCAUCCUGGCCAACGCGCUUGGUGAGUUGAUGGAGGUUCCCGAGGUUGAGGUGACGAACGAUCACGAGGACGAACCAAUCCCGUUGCAGGACGCAGACGCACUGUACACGUGGUAUGCAGAUUCCUGCUGUAUCUUCAAGGGCUUGGAGAGUCACGGUCCCUCGCGAUGUUUCUACCUGGACUUGAUGGAUCACGAGAUGGUGGAGAUAUAUGCGUCCCAAGCCGAGCAAUUGAUUCAGGAAUCCGAGUUCGAGAGUCUCUGGCCCCAGAUAGAAGAAUCCGACCACAAUGAGAUCAAGAACUACGUCAAGCACGACUGCUUCAGGCCCAAGUUGAAGACCGAGUGCAACAACGCCAACUUCAUCGACGCUACUUGGGUCAGACGAUGGAUGUGGAAGGCAGCGCUGACGCUACACAUCAAGGACAAGAUGGCGGGCAAGCGAGCACUAUUGGACGAGAACUGCUUUGUGUGGCAUGACGACAAGACGGAGGAGCUCACGCUAGCAACUACAGUACAUGUGGAUGAUCUCUUCCCGACAGGCAGGCAGUCAUGGCUGAAUUGGGCACAUGAUCUGCUGGAGAAGAAGUUCGGCAAGAUCACGAGGAAAACCAUGCCCUUCACUCAUCUUGGCAUCGAAUAUCAUCGACUACCAGAUGGCACUAUCUUUCUGAGUCAGGACGCCUACCUGGACACGAUAGAAGCACGACAGUUGGACAAGGAACGAAGUAAGAAUGACGGACUACUCAAAAUGAAGAACGGCAUCGAGAACGUGAUUACUGUCAAGGAGAUAGCCUCCAGGAGCGAGUUCACAGAGAGCGACCUGGUGAACAUCCAGGCCUAG